AUGCAGCAGCCGCAGCCACAGCCAUCGCCAGCAAGGGAGCACGAGGAGCGAAGAAGGAAGAAGCUCGAGGAAGAGGAACGGCAGGCGGCCUACCUCAACGGCCGGCGCCUGCUACUCCCGGGCUCAGGCGGCGCCACCGGCGUGGCCAAGCUCCCCCAGCGCGGCAUCGAGCUCCUCUGGCGCGCCUAUGAGCUGGGCCACGAAGCGGCGUUGUGGGAUCUGGCCUGUUGCGUUGGGGCGUCGGCGGAACAGGAACAGAACAGUUGCGAGGGACCCGGGAGCGAGCUCAACUACGCGAUCGACUGGUCGCUGGCCGUCCCGCUCUACGAGGCGCACGCCAGGGCGGGCCACCCGAUCGCGCAGAAGAACCUGGGCACGUGCUAUUUCCGCGGCUGGGGCGUGGCGCAGAGCAUCGACCAGGCCACCGCGCUCUACGAGAAGGCCGCCCUGCAGAACUACGACGUCGCCCAAUACAACCUCGGCGGAGACGGGGUGGAUGCGGAUUCGUCGCGGAUGCUGGAGCUGUACCAAAAGGCGGCGGACCAGGGCCUCCACGCGGCCCAGUGCGCGCUGGCCAAGUGCUACCUGUACGGCCGCGGGGUGCCCCUGGACUGGGCCAAGGCCACCUCCAUCAUGACCGCCGCUGCCGAGGGCUAUCCCGCCGCCAUGAUGGGUUACAACAAGCUGGUGCCGGACACGAGGAAGGCGAUGGAGUACGCCAUUCGCGCGGUCUACGAAAAGGAGAUCGAUGCCUGGGACAUCUUCCUCCGAUUGCUAUCGUGCCACUACGAGGAGGACAAGAAGGGACCCGCGCGCGUGGUGCCGUCGCUCUUCAGCAUCAGCUGCGACUACAUCUUCCAGCGGGAGAUCGUGGGCAAGUGCCACAUGCGGACGCAGCUCAUGCAGCGCAACAGCAGCGCGGUGUCGCGGACCAAGCCAACGGUCGAGCGAAUCGAGUCUGCAGGCCGGCGCGUCCUGCAACGCGAGCGCCUGCGCAGGUCGCGCCUGCUGAACGUCUUGCCCGUGGACAUGCAAGACAAGCUCCGAAGCGACCGGUCGCUGUGCUUCUCGCCCUGGUGUUCGCGCGAGUUCUACGGCGGCGGGCGAGUGCUGCGCCGGUUCGUGCAACGUCGUCCCACCGACCAUCAGCGCGAGUACGAGGAGGGUGCCCUGCUUAAGUGCACUCUCGUCGGGCUCCCGUUUUCGUCGCCCGUAUUCGGCCGAGACGACGUCGUGCUGUCCUUCUGCAGCAUGGACUGCGCCACCUUCGCGAACCAGCCCACCGACGACGAACACACGCUCGCCUGA